AUGCCAAAAGAACAAUAUAUGUGCCAGUUAUGUGCUAAUCAUGGUAUUUUUAAUCAACCUAAAAAAGGACAUAAGCAAAAAUGUUCUUUCAGAAAUUGUUUAUGUAAUUCAUGUGGUUUAAAUACUAAGAGAAGAGCAUUAGAUCAAAUUGAAAGAAAACUUCGUGUUAAAGAAUCACUUUCACCUCCUAUUUUGGAGAAGCAAACACCAAUUAUGCCAAUAACUAUUCCAUAUAUUAAAAAUCAGUUUAAAAAAUCUUCAGAUGUUACAACAAAUGCUAUUUCUAAUACAUCUCAAUCUAAUUUUGUAUCAUUACAAUCAACUAAUACACCAUCAAUGAUAAAUUUACCAGUUUCUUUACCUCCAACAAUACCAAUAUUUUCACAAGUUACUAUGAAAUCAAAUUUAUCUUUAUCUAAACAACAAUUAGAUGAAAAAAAAAAUGAUAAUCAAAAUAACAACUUAAUAAAAAGUAACCAACAAUUAUGUAUAUUGACAAAAAAAAAUGGUAUAGAAAAAAUUGAUAAAGGAAAACGAUCUAUUUUUCAUUCUGUAGAGAUGUUAGCAAAAGAAGAAACAUAA